CGCCUGCGCCUCCUCCGGCUGCGCGACGCGAGCGUCUGUUCCCCGGUUCGGCUGCGGCUGCGGCUCCGCCUCCCCUCCCCUUCUAUCCUGCCCCAGCAGCCAGGAAAGCCCCAAUGGAUAGUUCGACGGUCAUGACUCCGGAGCCUGCUCCGCGUGCUAAUCGCAGUGGGGGCAAGAAGCGGGACAGUACCAUGGACAGUGGUUAUCCACCAAGUAGAUCUCCCAAAGUCCAGGAGGAUCGAUUGCAGAUGUGCACCUCAUCUCAUUUCGCCAAUCAUGAAGCUUAUUGUUGAAAAUGACAAGCAGAAAGGUUACGUCAGAGAAAUUGGGUUUGGGAGCUUCUUGUCCAUGGGAGAACUUGAGAUGAAUAAGGCUCUUAACCUCUGGUUGAUUGAUAAGUUUAAUUGUGACACCGAGGCUCUUGAUUUUGAAGGUGGCAUAUCGAUUCCGGUAAGGCCACUUGUGAAGAGUAUUCUUGGAAUCCCUUCAGGCCCUAUCCAAGUUGUAGAGGGUCUAGAUGUUGAUGACGCUCUCCAUGCUCAGUAUACUUGUAAUAACAGGAGAGGGAAGGCUGCCAAGGAGGUGGCGGAUGAAAUGUGCAGCAUAACUGACAAAGAACCGUUCUGCAUAGCGUUCAUGAUGGCGAUACUCGGAAUUUAUCUAGCACCAAAUACAUGUCUGACCGUCAACAGGGCCUUACUUGGAGCUGUUAAGCAGGUUGAUAAACUCAAAGAGAUGGACUGGUGUAAUUUCGUUGCUACCUACCUCUUCAAAGGAAUCAAGGAAUUCAAAGAAUCAAACUCAACUAAUGUUACUAUAAAGGGUUGUGCCCACAUACUGAGCGUCAUAUUCAUUGAUUUUGUUAAACAUGCUGCGUUUGAAGUACCAGCUGGUUUUCCACGAUUGGGUGUUGUCACUAAAGAACAUAUCAAAUGGGUUGUCUCACAUCCCUUCACUAGCUUGAUGGUACGUUAUCCAGAAGAGUCAGUUUAUGCUGCCAUGUUUGAUAACAUGUCAAAUUACUACAUUACCGAAGAUGGAAAAUGUGUUGAUUCUGAAACAAAUUCUGAUGCACUGUCCAAUACGUCUGCAACCACCAACACCAAUAAGAAUGACAACAAGCUUCGGGUUUUAGCAGAGCUUGUCACUGUCAUGCUUCCGAAGCCUGCUCCAUGUGCUAAUCCCUGUGGGAGGAAGAAGCAGAACAAUGCCAUGGAUACUGGUAAUCAACCAAUUAGAUCUGCCAAGUCCAGGACGACCGAAAACGUCUUUAACAAAUGUUCACCUCAGCUCCUUCCGCCAAUUAUGAAGCUUAUUACUGAGAAUGCUGAGCAGAAAGGUUAUGUCGGAGAAAUUGGGUUUGGGAGCUUCUUGUCCAUGGCAGAAUUUGAGAUGAAUAAGGCUCUUACCCUAUGGUUGGUUGAUAAGUUUAAUUGUGACACUGAGGCUCUUGAGUUUGAAGGUGGCAUAUCGAUUCCGGUAAGGCCACUUGUGAAGAGUGUCCUUGGAAUCCCUUCAGGCCCUAUCCAAGUUGUAAAAGGUCUAGAUAUUGACGACUCUCUAAAGGAUGAAUAUACUUAUAAUGGCAGACCGAAGAAUGCGAAGGAGGUGGCGGAGGAAAUGUGCAGCAUAACUGACAAAGAACCGUUCUGUAUAGCAUUCAUGAUGGCAAUGCUCGGAAUUUAUCUAGCACCGAGCACAUCCGUGGGUGUCAACUGGAAGUUACUGGGAGCUGUUAGACAGGUUGAUAAACUGAAAGAGAUGGAUUGGUGCAAUUUUGUUGCUACUUACCUCUUCAAAGGAAUCAAGAAAUUCAAAGAAUCCAACGCAACUUUUGUUUAUAUAAAGGGUUGUGUCCACAUACUGAGCGUCAUAUUCAUCGACUUUGUGAAACUUGCUGCGUUUGAAGUACCAGUUGGUUUUCCACGCUUGGGUGUUGUCACUACAAAACAUAUCAAAUGGGUCGUUUCACAUCCCUUCACUAGCUUGAUGGUACGUCGUCCAGAAGAGUCAAUCUAUGCUGCCGUGCUUGAUAACUGGCCAAAAGAUAACAUUGUUGAAGAUGGAAAAUGUGUUACAAAUACUGAUGCUUUGUCUGAUACGCUUGGUACCACCGACUCCGAUCAGAAUAAUAACAGGCAUCCCGUUUUAGCAGAGCUUGGCGCGUUACCUGUAUCAGAAGCUGAGCUUGGCCCUCCUGUCACAAGUCCUAAUACAACAAGCUGGGCCAUUGUUGAAUUUGUAGAAGUUGGCACAUCACCUCAAUCAGCAGCUCCCGGUUCCUUCCCAGAACACAUAAUGUUUCCAACAAGUUGCGAGCAACUGCAGUCUUCUAGGCCUUCUUCUGAACCGUGUUCUUCACAAAUGCAUGUUUCUCCAGACAACCCCAACGGGAUGAACAGGGGUUCCACAUCGCCGGUGGAGAAUGCUGCCGAUCGUAGCACCAAGAAGGCGAGUGUGGAUAGGCCCAGCAGUGGCCAAGCUAAGCAAGCCGGAAGGGUUGCAGCUCUGGACAUGAGUUUGCUCAAUUGCACCCUCUGCUGUGGCCCUUGCAAGCCUCCUGUUUUCCAGUGCAAUGGCAGGCAUUUAGCUUGCGGCAGAUGCCUUGCCGAGCUCCCCGGCGAGCAGUGCCAGAUGUGCGAGCACGGUGGUGGCUUCAGCCCAUGCCCCAUUAUGGAUGACAUUGUCUCGUUUGCCAUGGUAGAAUGUUCCCAUGACGGUUGCAAGAGCUCUGUCCCCUACCAUGAGCUUGAUGGCCAUGAGAGCACGUGCCCCCAUGUGCCCUGUUACUGCUAUUGCCCGGAGCCUGGCUGUGGCUUUGUUGGCCCGCCGGAACUUCUCCUUGGCCAUGUCGCCGCCCUGCAUUCGGUGCCGGUGCACACGGUCGAUUAUGGCAAAGUGCACCGGCUUCGGGUGUUGGAGCCGCGAUUCAUGCUCCAUGGGGAAGGGGACGACAGCGCGUUCCUCCUUGCCGUGGGCGCGCUCGGCGCAGCCAUGGUCGUGUCGGCGGUGUGUAUCAGGGCAGGUACGUUGCGGCAGCCACGGUACAUGGUCAAGCUUUGGGCGAAUGGUCCGCCACCGCCGAGCAGCGCAGCGGGCAGAAUCGAGUGGGAGUUGGAGGCAGUGACGAGCAGUACCAGGCCCGGCGAGGUCGUGGUGAUGGAGCUGCCGUCAUUCUUGACAGUGCCGCCUGCGUAUCUGGUUGGAUCAGGGGCGUCCAAGGCAGUGAUUCUCGACAUUUGCAUUGACAAGAUGUGAUCGAUCAGAUGUGUAUUUAAUAAUCCUAAUUGUGAUGUCUAACUGCUUACCGAAGACUUCUUUUGCAUGGUAGUGCUAAGACAUGCAAGGUUCCAGGCAUUUCAUUGUAUUUGUUGCAUUAGUGCCUGUUUCACGGUCGUCAGCUAAAACGGGGCACGUUUUGUA